AGCUGAUAUGUUUUAUCUUCGCAGAUGGCUACCUGUGUUUCCACCGACCAGAGUGAGCGAUUAUUUGUAGUCUCCGCAACUCCAAAGAGUCAGUCCACUGCUAAAGGUGAGAAAUGUCCGCUUUAUCUUGCAAUUUUAGCUCUCUCCAUUAUUCGAUCAUGCUCUCCAGAUCUCCAGCACCGCUUUCGGGCGAUUCCAAUCGAAGCAGGAAAAAGAUGAGAAGCAGCAUUGUCGCCGCCGCUCCUGCCGCUGAAGACAGGAUCACAAAAGCGGCUCCGUUGACCAAGCUCGACCUCGUCGACUACCUCGCCUCUGGUUGCAAGCCCAAAUCACGCUGGAGAAUCGGCACCGAGCACGAGAAGUUUGGAUUCGAUAAGAGCACGCUCAAGCCACUUGACUACCCCCAAAUCUCUCAGCUAUUCGAAGGACUCUGUGAAAGAUUUAACUGGCAAAAAGAGAUGGAGGGUGACAAGGUCACAGGUCUUAAGAAGGAUGGACAGAGUAUUUCCUUGGAACCUGGUGGUCAGCUGGAACUCAGUGGUGCUCCCCUCGAAACUCUCCACGCGACUUGUGCCGAGCUCAGCUCUCACCUCUACGAGGUGAAGGCCGUGAGUGAAGAAAUGGGCGUGGGAUUCUUUGGGAUGGGCUUCCAUCCAAAGUGGCCAGUUGAAGUAUUCGACAUGAUGCCAAAGGGGAGGUUUCAGAUCAUGAGGAACUACUUGCCCAAAGUUGGGAAGUUUGGCCUUGACACCAUGUUCCGGACGUGCACUGUCCAGGUAAAUCUCGACUUUUCAUCCGAGGAGGACAUGGUUAAAAAGUUUAGAGUUAGCCUAGCCUUGCAACCGGUUGUCACGGCGAUCUUUGCAAACUCGCCAUUCACAGAGGGCGCACCGAAUGGCUACUUAAGUUACCGGAGUUUGACGUACACGGACAUGGACGGGGACAGGACCGGUGAUCUUCCAUUCGUUUUCGAAGACGGGUUUUCUUUCGAGAGGUACGUUGACUACGCUCUUGAAGUGCCCAUGGUGUUCGUCUACAGGGACGGAAAGCACGUAGAUUGUACUGGCCGAUCUUUCAAAGACUUUCUCCUUGGGAGGCUACCCGAGCUUCCGGGAGAACUCCCAACGCUCAGCGACUGGGAGAAUCACAUCAACACCAUCUAUCCCGAGGUCCGGCUCAAGAAAUACUUGGAGAUGAGAGGGGCCGACGAGGGGCCGUGGAAGAGGCUGUGUGCUUUGCCGGCUUUGUGGGUGGGACUCUUAUACGACGAAGAAGCUCUGGAGAGUGCUUAUCAGUUGAUCGAGGAUUGGAGUCGGGCCGAGCGAGCGAUGCUGAGGCGCGAAGCUCCAAAGCUGGGAUUGAAGACACGGUUUAGGAACGGGACUUUGAAGGACGUAGCACAAGAAGUGUUGGAGCUGGCAAAGGAGGGACUGGAAAGAAGGGGUUACAAUGAGGUGAAGUUUCUGGAAGGUGUUGCUGAGAUUGUGGAAACGGGAGUGACUCCAGCGGAGAGGCUGCUAGAGUUGUACAAUGGUAAGUGGAACAAGUGUGUGGAUCCAAUGUUCCACGCGCUAGAGUAUUAAACAAAGCUUACAAAGCCAUAGCUCUUU